AUGGGGUGGCCGUCCACGGGCUCACAGCCACUCGAAACGCCGGCACGCUGCCGACGGUAUAGCUCCCUUCCGGAAAUGCCUGACUGUAAGCACAUACCUUCUACUUACACGGGCCCAAAUUAUGAAGACAUAAAAACAGCACAUGAAACGUUUGUCUCUCCUUCUUUAAAGCCAUUUUACAAAGAACCUUUAAUUAUACACGAAGGUAAAAGACAAUGGUUGUGGGAUCAUCGUGGGAAACGUUAUUUGGAUAUGUUUGGAGGUGUUGCUACGAUAUCCGUUGGACAUUCGCAUCCGAGAAUAGUCGCUGCUAUAAUCGAGCAAACAUCAAAGUUAAAUCAUGUGUCCUCUGUAUAUAUGCAGCCCCGUUUAUAUGAAUAUGUGUGCGGUUCAGAGGCAAAUGAAUUAGCGUUCUUGAUGGCUAGACUUCACACACGUAAUCAUAACAUCAUUUCAUUAAGAAAUGGUUACCAUGGAGCUACUUAUGGGACUUCAGCUUCUACUGCAAUAAGUACCUGGAAGUACCCAUUUAUUGUACAACCGCCUGGAUACUUACACGCGGUAUAUCCAGACGUUUACAGAGCUCAGUGGGGUGGUUCGAAGUGCAGGGAUUCCCCAAUUCAAACAAACAGAUAUUGUGACUGCAACCAAGAACAAUGUAUAGCAUCAGAAAAGUACUUCUGUGACUUCGAAGAAAUAUUUCGUUUCAGUUCGCCCUACACAGAGGGUGUAGCAGCAUUCAUAGCCGAGAGUAUUCAGGGAAUUGGAGGAACAGUACAAUACCCUAAAUAUUUUCUCAAGAGGGUAUACGAAUAUGUACAUAAAAAAGGGGGUCUUUGCAUAGCAGAUGAAGUUCAGACCGGAUUUAGUAGAACUGGCGAACACUUCUGGGGUUUCGAGAGCCAUGGCGUGGUACCUGACAUAGUGACAUUGGCGAAAGGUAUAGGGAAUGGAUUUCCCCUUGGCGCAGUAGUCACUAGCACUGAGAUUGCCAACAAUCUAAACACUGCACUGCAUUUCAAUACUUUCGGGGGCAAUCCCCUUGCCUGUGCUGUAGGAAUCACGGUUCUCGAAAUUAUUGAAGAAGAGGAACUCCAAAAGAACGCACAGACAGUUGGUACACAUUUGAUCAAUCUUCUAAACACUCUGUUGUCAGAAUUCCCUAACACUGUUGGCGAUGUUAGGGGAAAAGGUUUGAUGAUUGGCAUCGAGUUAAUAUCAAAUCCGGAAACAAAACAACCGUUAGAAACUGAACGCAUGCUCGAAAUUUUUGAAGACGUCAAAGAUAUGGGCGUCCUUCUUGGCAAGGGAGGGUUAUAUGCAAAUAUACUAAGAAUAAAACCGCCUUUAUGUGUAACAAAAGAGGAUGCAGACUUUACUUUUGAAGUAAUUAAAAAGGCACUAAAGAAACAUCAAGAGAAGAAUUCUAAAGUUUGA